AUGGCAGCGGCGGAUCUGAUGGUCGUUGUCCUCGACUUGGUCUUGAAGCAGAUACCAAUGGCCUAUCGGGAACAGUUCAGCUUCCUGUACGCAGUCCAUGUCUGUAACAUCCACGCCGUCCUGGUCUACGCCGCAACUGACUGUUCCGUCUGGUUCACCGUCGGUUUCACCUUUGAUCGAUUCAUGCAUAUUUGUUGUCAGAAGCUGAGAACUAAAUAUGUCACCGACAGAACCGUGGUUGUGGCUCUGGGGACAGUGACGGUGUUCAGCUGCUUAAAAAAUGUUUUCUGGUAUUUUAUGUUCACAGGUGAAUACCACCUAGACUAUGCCCCCUGGUUUUGUAGGGAAAGAGACGGUGUUCUGCGCUCAGUAGUCUGGGCGGUGAUUGAAUUCCUCCAUUUUCUUCUCACACCCGGAAUUCCAUUUUGUCUUAUCUUGCUGCUCAAUGCCUUUACGACUAGACACGUUCUCGUGACCAGCAGAGCCCGAAGAAGACUGCGGACCGCCAGCACUGAGAACAUCAGAGACCCAGAGAUGGAGAGCCGGAGGAAGUCCCUCGUUCUGCUGCUUGUUAUAUCAGGCAAUUUCAUCCUGUUAUGGGGAGUUUACAUGAUAUACAACAUAUGGGGCAGAAUGUAUGACCUGGGAUAUCAAUCCUCCUUCCCACCUAAUUUUCUCCAAGAGCUAGGCUUCAUGCUGCAGCUCCUGAGCUGCUGCACCAACACUGCUCUUUAUGCAGUGACUCAGACCAAGUUCAGGGAGCAGCUGAAGGAUACGGCGAAAUCCCCUUUCACUCUCCUUGCAAACUUCCUUGCAUGA